AAAUAAUAAAGAAAUUGAAAGCAAUACGUUAAUAUUCCAUAACACUAAAAAGAGCAGGAGCGAGAGAUGAGAAAGGGGAUCCAGCCCGCCCUGGAGCAGUAUCUGGUGACCGCCGGGGGUGGGGAGGGGGCGGCUGUCGUCGCCGCCGCCGCUGCAGCCUCCAUGGACAAAAGGGCACUGCUAGCCAGCCCCGGCUUCGCCGCCGCCGCUGCCGCCGCCCCGGGCGCAUACAUCCAGAUCCUCACCACGAACACUUCCACCACCUCCUGUUCCUCCUCCCUCCAAAGUGGCACGGUCGCCGCCGGCCCCCUACUCCCCAGUGCCCCCGGCGCGGAGCAGACCGCCGGCAGCCUCCUCUACACCACGCCGCACGGACCCUCCAGCAGAGCCGGGUUGCUGCAGCAGCCACCAGCGCUAGGACGCGGCGGCGGCGGCGGCCCUCCGGCGAAGCGAAGGCUGGAGCUGGGAGACAGCGGCCACCAGUACCUCUCAGAUGGUUUAAAAACCCCCAAGGGCAAAGGAAGAGCCGCGCUGCGAAGUCCAGACAGUCCAAAAACUCCAAAAUCUCCCUCAGAAAAGACGCGGUAUGAUACGUCCCUGGGUCUGCUCACCAAGAAGUUCAUUCAGCUGCUGAGCCAGUCGCCGGACGGGGUCCUGGACCUGAACAAGGCGGCGGAGGUGCUGAAGGUCCAGAAGAGGAGGAUCUACGACAUCACCAACGUGCUGGAGGGCAUCCACCUCAUCAAGAAGAAAUCCAAGAACAACGUGCAGUGGAUGGGCUGCAGUCUGUCUGAGGACGGGGGCAUGCUGGCCCAGUGUCAAGGCCUGUCCAAAGAAGUGACCGAGCUCAGUCAGGAAGAGAAGAAAUUAGAUGAACUGAUCCAAAGCUGCACCCUGGACCUCAAACUGUUAACCGAGGAUUCAGAGAAUCAAAGGUUAGCUUAUGUUACAUAUCAAGAUAUUCGAAAAAUUAGUGGCCUUAAAGACCAAACUGUUAUAGUUGUGAAAGCCCCUCCAGAAACAAGACUUGAAGUGCCUGAUUCAAUAGAGAGCCUACAAAUACAUUUGGCAAGUACCCAAGGACCCAUUGAGGUUUACUUGUGUCCAGAAGAGACUGARACCCACAGUCCAAUGAAAGCAAACAACCAAGACCACAAUGGGAAUAUCCCUAAACCCACUUCCAAAGACUUGGCUUCAAACAACUCAGGACAUAGCGAUUGCUCGGUUUCUAUGGCAAACCUCUCUCCCCUGGCCUCCCCCACUAACCUCUUACAGCAGACUGAGGACCAAAUUCCUUCCAACCUGGAAGGGCCCUUUGUGAACUUGCUGCCCCCCUGCUCCAGGAGGACUACCUGCUGAGCCUGGGCGAGGAAGAAGGCAUCAGCGAUCUCUUCGACGCUUACGAUUUGGAAAAGCUCCCGCUGGUGGAAGACUUCAUGUGUAGUUGAUCCUGCUUUGUGUGAACUCUCCUGAUAAAUGGAUAUUUUUUUAUCAUGGAACCAGAGCGUCUGUCAUGCRGUGUUGACCCUUCCCACCUUGUUCCUCUAAGAGAGUACCAUGAAGUAAACUACAAACUUYGGAACAAAGCUGACAUUUUAAUGAAUUUUUUUCUUAAUUGUCUAAGCGCACAGUUGCAGGCUCCCUUGGGAAAGCCCUGCCUUGUCCCAGGCUCCAAAAUCUCCUGGACGAGUCAACAAGUGAGAAAAUGUGCAAUCAGGUGUCUCUCACCUGUCCUCUUCCUCUUCCUCUCCCUGUCCCUCUGCCCCCACCCCCCACCCCCCCGAUUGGCUUGCUGUGCCUGACGGAUGGGCUGUAGAAUGGGGUCUGGCCACCUGGCCCGCUGGGAAACAGCAAUCUUCCUUAACAGCAUUUCAAGCCKUGCCUUCUCUGCAGAAUGCAUGUCUUUGGGGUCUGCUAAUCUGGAAUGGAACUGCAGCCRAUGCAAACUUGAAGUUAUGCAAAAGUAUGAAAUGGAUUUCUUCAGCUCUUCUUAGGAAUAUUUAAAUUACUGUCAUAAUUCAGUUUAAGCUAUGGACUGUGUGUCCCACCAGGAGGUSGCGAGAUCCUCYGCAGCCUCUCGGAUGAAGAACCUGUUCUCAGAGUACUUGAUGCAGACACAGAAGCUCUUGGAGCUCUGGYGCUSGAAGCUGCUGUGGGUUUUCCUGYCUCCACACACCACUCCCAGCCCCGUCCCCAGCGUAUUGUGAGUUUCCAGUUGAUUUGUAGCAGAUGCCUACUUAGGUGUUCUUUGUGGAUUGUUCUAGACUUUCGAUAUUUUUUAGCYGCCACUGAAGCAUUCCUGUGGCUCCCAUCACCGUUCAGUUUAAUUGUUUACUUUGAAGCAKUUUUUGCAAAUUCGUAUUUCUUUAGCAGAGGGAGAGAACCUCGUGAGCCUGUGUGACCUGAGGUCCACCAGCCUCUGCAGGAAGCAAUGUCCCAUCUGGCUUCCUUUCCYGGGAGGGGAGC